AUGUCAAACCCAAACCUGCCAACCUCCGUCCUGGACCCGCACCGCUUCCCUCCGGAACUUCUGGAGCACAUCUUCCGGCAUCUCGCGUUCCGGGAUCUCAAGUCGUCGCUUCUAGUUUGCCGCCACUGGCGCGAUCAGAUCGUGGCAUGUUCGUCGCUGAUGAACCCGUUGGUACUCCGAUUUCCGGAGGAUCGCCCGCUGGACCGUCGACAUCCGGGCGUGUGGCAAGUUCUUGCUAGGAACGCCACUUUUAGCUGCUGUUCCGUGAUCUCCGUGGAGCCGUGGUGGAGCGCUUUUGGGUCGAAACUGGUGCGAAUCGAUUUGAACAAGGUUGUUGUGGGUCUGCCGGUUUUGCUGGCGAUGCUUCGGCAGACUGCGAAGUUGAAAGAGCUUAGUAUCGUGGAUUCGAUUGUUUUGAAGUGUGAGGGUUUCAAAGGGAACCUUCAGUUGAACGAUUUGGAAGUUCUUAAGAUCGAGAGGCCUUCACCGGGACUGCUGAACGUUAUCAAGCGAGGUUGUAGUAGGCUGAAGGUGCUUCACGUUACGAAACGUUCCGUUACGGAUGAGCCGGAUCUACUGGAGCUGGUGCGGACUGUCCAGGGUACGUUGAAGGAGCUGUACGCGGAACUGACGGAAACCUUGUUGGAAGCCAUCUCGGAAAUGGACCAGCUGAAACUGACAGGAGCCGGGUUGGGACACGAGGAAGACACUACGUUGACAAUCGAAUUUUGUCGACUGUUUACUUGCGUCACCAUUUUGACUUUGAAGGGCGCUGGGAUUUCUGGAUCGAUACUUGCCGAGAUUGGUCAACUGCUGCCGAACCUGAAAGAAUUGUCAGUUUCCUUUGAUUGUCUAACCAUCGAACCACUAUCAAUGCAAUUUCUCCGUACCAUGCCAAAGCUGGAGAACCUGAGCCUUGCCGGUAACCCUCAACAUUUUAAGAAACUUGGGUUAAUCCAUCGAUCCUGGUGUCCCAGCCUGAAGCAUCUUCAGCUCAAGCACAUAGCUCUAAACCCGAACGAAACCUGUCAAUUUCUUGCCACCUCCGACCAAGUCAAAUCCAUAUCCAUGUUCCAAUGCCUCCUGCCAAAUUGGACUCAAUUUACGCAAACCCUCGGAACGUUGCCAUCGUUGGAGCAAAUCACAAUGCACCAUAUCGUUGUCCCCGAGUGGCCUCAAAUUCCCACCCAAUCCACCAACCACAGCGUCAAAUCACUGAAGCUAAAAAUCCCAGCGAUCCCCAAGGACCACCUCAAAACCCUAAUAAACUCCUUCCCAAAGCUGGAGGGACUCCACCUGGCCGAAACUCGAACCGUCGACGACGCCACGAUUCAGCUCAUCAGUAACCGGAUGGAGCAGCUCCGUCACCUGGCGAUCCAGUCCUGCCCAAUCACGGAAAAGUCCGUUCGUGCCUUUUUCCUGCACCCUCGAAAGUUGGAGAAGCUCGAGUUUGCCUUCGUCGCGGGAGUUGCCGAUCAUGAGGUUGAGCGACUCCGGCAGAAACUUGGCCCUUCGGUGGAGGUUUCGCUUAAGAAGCAGGUUGAAAAGGAAAAUUACAUCACCUUUGAGGUUACCCAUGACGCGAAAGACUUCAUUUUGCCAAUCGUUGGGGCUUAUUGCGGAGCAAUUAGCAGUGAUGAAACGGCGGACAUGAUGGCCAAGGAUUUGCUGGAGUUUGUUCACUCGGAAGAGGACAGGACAUCGCUGGCAUCGUUGAUAUCGGCAGCCGAAGCCGAUAACCUUCGCUCUACGGGACGGACACUUCACCAGGCGUUACAAAACAUGAGACGAGAAGCGGCAGAUAGGAUUUUAGUCUAA